AUGUUGCUACGAGAAAGUCAUCCUAUUUUUUUGUUACAGCUCGAGACCUCACGCAAGACAAUCAAACAGGAGAGGGAGAAGCGUCAAGCAGUGCACCAAUGCUGCAGUUGUGGAAUCGGUCCAGCCGGCCCACCAGGCCCACAGGGUCCACCAGGUGAGGACGGUCGUGACGGUAAACCCGGCAAGCCAGGACCGAACGGCCGAGAUGCCGAAGAGGGACAACGAGUGAGUUCUUCUAAAUGA